AUGGAAACCAUGAAUUUCGAUAGUUCGCUCCUCCCCUCGCCGUCCUUCGACACACUGACAGACCCAAACAUGUUCUUUGACUUCAAUGCCUUCCCCGAGUCAGCCCCUGAGACUUCAGCAAACGCAAGCAUCCCACGAACCCACGAAUCUACCUCUCAAAUCAAUGACUGUUCGUCCCUCUUUGGAGACAUGGAGUCUUUGGAAUUGCCGCCUCUUGAAGAGACCAUGCUCACUCUCCCCGAGGGGAAACCAAUGCAGAGCAUACAGCCCUCCCUCACGCUCGUGCUACCGGCAGAUCUCGCAGCCGCAACAAGCACCGAGGAUAAAGACGAUUGUUCCAGGGGCGACUUUGACGCUUUUCACGCCAACCACUCAGCCCCAGCGGCCCCCCCGCCAGAACCAAAAGGCAUUGCCCCUCAGGAUGUUUUUUCUUUACCGUUAGAAUCAUGGCCCACGGACGAAAUCGAGUCUUUCAACUGGGCCCCCCUCGAUCUCCUCACGAACCAAGACUUCUUCACGGAAAGUCCAGACCUGUUGGCCAACAUCAAUGAAGCCUUUGUCCCAAACGAGACCGAACUUACCUUACAGACCAACAUGAACAUUCCCCUCUUCCCAGACUUUCCUUCCAUUGCAUCCGGUGAGAUUCCCUUCACCUUUGACGAAGAGGCGACUUCCAUAUAUGCCCUGCCACCGACUGUCUCCCUGACCUCUCCGCAGUCCGUCACCCCUCAACAUCAGGAAAUCCUCCCAGCCAACAACACAGCUCUUCUCCAACAUCCGCGCCCAAUCACCCCCGCACUGCCCACGUUCAUCCAUGAAACCUCGCCUUUCUGCGCAGACCUCGCUCCGUCGAGCAUCAUCGACGCUCAGGGCUUUAUAAAAGCAACCCCAGUCCCUCCCACUACUCUCGCUUCAGGUGCCUCAAGACGUGACCUGGCAACACCCGUCGUGAACGGCAAGGUAUUAAAACGCAUCCCUCGCCCCGCGAAAGCAAAAGACGUCAACGCGGCAGACUGGUACGACACCCUCCCCUCUGCCCCCUCGCCCUGGGGCGGCCCGGACCCCGUCAACAACCCCAUCUUCCAAUACAACGCCCACGGCGAGUGGCUCCCCUGUCAGCGCUUUUCCCGCGACGAGAUCCUAUAUUACCUCACCGAGCGCAAACGCCUUUCCCUCCCGCUUACCCUCUGGAUCCAGAACCUGCCCCACGGGUGCGUAAAACGUGUGACGGAUGGGAGGACCCUCAAGUGUCGGUGGGACGGCUGCCCGGCGCAGAACGGGACGAUCCUCAAGGGGUUCUGGCGGGUCUGUUUCGACGAGCGGCCCGCAACCUCCGGGAAACAGCACAACCCGUUCCACAACGCGGGGUACAUGCACCUGUGGUGUCUGGACCGGUGCUUCGACCUCUACGAGAUAUCCCAGGCCUUCGAUCUCAGACCCGACACGCGGCACUUUGAGAAGGAGGAGCGGAACCCGAUGGCCAUGACGCGGGACCACGACGAACUGGUCGUGGAGUAUGAGGACUGGCGCGCCGAGCAGCACAAGUCUUACGAGGCGUGGCGCGCCCUCUCGGAGACGAAUAAGACGCUUGGCCUCCCCACCGAGAACCGCAUCGUGCAACGCGAGCAGAAGCUGUGGUACAUACUCACCACUAGACACCUAGCCCUCGAGACCGUGGUACGACAGACCAUGCGAAACAACCGAGGGGGCAUCUCCAUCGACCAGCACAAGGGCGAUCUUGGUUGGUACAGCAGAAUGGUGAACGCGAGGAAGAAGCAGACCAGGGCACAAAGGGAUAUUGGGUCGAGGGCACUUGCGCGACUGGGCGACUGCGAGGGCUUCCUUGACGACGAGGACGACAUUGCACAGACCCAAGUGAGCGGGUGGCCUCGUCGAGAUGUAGAGACCACAGCAACAAGAGAGGGAGGCAAGGGCGUCAUCGACAACGAGAACAUGGGGAGACGCUCACCCUGCAAGACCAAACGCCACUGGAGUGGCGAUGCUACUGAUGAGGGGAGUAGCUGCGAGCUGGCGGAGAUUUCCGGCAACAAGCGUCAGCGCUGCAUGGCGGACAAGUGCGAAUUCGAGAGUGACUACAAGCGUCAGCGGCGUCUGUGCCGUUCGAUAUGA